GUUAUCAACCACCCUCCACAAUUCAACCAAUCCACUCCAAUCUCUCAAACCAAUCUUCUAUCAUAAUGUCUCUCAUCGGACACCACGGCGGCCUUCAAAUCGGCAAGGCUGAACGACCUGGCCCCUCAUUGGGCAAGAAGAUCAACAAGGAUCUCGAAUCCAAGUCCGAAAAGUCUUCAUCUUCCCUCAGCCAGAGAAUUGGCGGCAUUCUCCACAGCCAGCGACGAGGGGAUGACCGGAGCGAAACUGCUUCCAUCUCCUCCGUUGCUACAGAAAAGAGAGCCCUACUGGGAGACAGGAAUAGCAGCAGCUCUUCCAGGCAAACAUCAAAGCUUGCCAAACCAAACGAGACUCUGAUGCCUCCUGUGAGAUUUUGGAAUUAGCGCCAGGAGUAUGCGGGCACUGUCCCGCUGCAUUCGACUUUAGUUUCUUUUUCAUCUUCUUUCAACAUAAGGCGAGAUGCCACCGGUUUUAUUAAUAUAGAAGCGCUCACGGGAAGCGACAUGGAGUUGGGACUGGACGAUGAUUUUACGCGGCAUG